AUGCAAUCCUCCAUCCUGAUCCUCCUCUGCCUUGUCUCCAUCGCUGCCGCCUGCCCAGGACUCUUCGGAAUGGGAGAGCUUCAGAACAUGCAAUCAACAUCUGUGGACUCUUCAAAAGCAGUCAACGGAGCAUUGGAGGCCAAGCAGCUCAAUAGAUUUGUCGUUGUGUGCUCUGAGACCCCAUUUGUGUUCACCGUACGUGCCGACACCGCCUACUGUGGUGCCACCAAAAAUGGCCACAACUGUCAUGCGUUUGCCAUGUAA